GGACCCUACCAGGACACAUUAGAAUUCUUGUUGGGGAGCAGAGAUGAGUGUAAGAACUUCUGGAAGAUCUGUGUGGAGUACCACACCUUUUUUAGACUUCUUGACCAGCCCAAGCCAAAGGCAAAAGCUGUCUUCUUCAGCCGGGGCUCCUCCUUCCGAUACAGUGGGAGAACUCAGAAGCAGCUGGCAGAAUACGUCCGAGACGGUGGGGUGAGGAGAACGCCAUAUGAAAGAUGGCACAGCAAGACCCAGGCAUCCCUCCGUGCUCUGACUGCAGACCUGCCAAAACAGAGCAUCUCAUUGACCGAGGGCUUGAGGACUUCUGCCUCCCUGUCUCCAGCAAAUGUCUCCUUGGGUCCAUUCCCCUCCUCCCCGGGGUCCCCUCCUGGCCUGCCCAGCUUCGAGGACAGCAGCAGCCCCCUUAUAGACCCCCCAGCUCCCGACGCCAAACGUUCAGCCUCCGAGCGGAGCCGCAGAGCAGCAGCUGGAGGCCCCGGCCUGCCCUCAGCCCCCCCGCCCGGGCCCCCCGAGCCCCAGCUGGUUCCAGGCUCACUCCUGUCCUUGGGGGAGGACCCGUGUGGCCAGCAGUGCCGUGGGGCAGGCCCUGUGUUCCCAUUGACAAACGCGCAGCUGCAGGUGUCUGAGGAGUUCAUAGACGACGACCCCGCAGACAUCUCUUUCUUUGCUGGAGGCUCUGAGGCCUUUUCUUUCCCGCCUAGCUCUGUAGUCCCUCAGGAGCCCCAGGUCUCUGCCCAGCCCCCUGCACCUGUGUCCUUCCAGCACCUACAGUCUGCUGGGUCCAGCCCAAACAGCCUCUCUGCCGAGGCAGUAGAUGCGAGCGUGGAAGACAGUUUGGAGUUUGGAGAAGGGAGUGAUCUCAGUGGCACUUCCGAUGCUGCAGAGCUGCUGGGAGUGCAGGUGCGUGCCUGCCUCCCACAGAGCCGGGGGCGCCCCGCGGAGACCAGCUCCCUCAGCGACAUGCCACUCCAUGGUGUGCUGUCCUUGCACACGGCCAGCUCGGCCAGCCAGUCCGAGGCCAGCUCCAUGGUUAACUUCCCAGCCUGCUCAGUCCGCUCCGAGUCCAGCUCGGCCUUCCAGUUCUCUGACAUCAUCGACCAGUUAGAGCAGCUCAGCUACCCGCCCACAGCGGCCGAGGACUCCAGCAGCACAGACUCGAGCUCGUGGGACUCUGAAGCAGAGGCCCCCCUGGACAUGAGCCUCUUUUUCAGCAACCCUUUUGCACAGACCCGUGGGGAGAGAGUCCCUUUUGAGGUGCAGGACAACUUGAAGAGCCUGACUGCAGGAGAGCAGAUAGAUAGAAACCCACCUGGGCCUCUGUAGACCCCUGCACAGGGAGGCCCGGCUCCCCCACCCCCCAUGUGGUGGGGCUCAGGAUCCCUGGGUUCAGACACAGGAGUGGUGGACUGGAUGUUAGAUGUCCCGUUUGGGGUUUUCCCCCUAAUUCCUGAUUUGUUGUACUCUUACAUGUCGGAGACGCACAGCUUCCCCCUCCCCCCAGUAGUGAUCUAUGCACCCAGUUUAAAAAGACAAGCGCGUGGUUCAGCCUCC